UGAUAAUCUCUUUCUGUGUAAAGGUUUUAUUCUCUCCGAAAAGCUUUCGCUUUCUUCUUUCGACCAAACGCCGGAAGCUUUGUAUUGUGCCAACAUGUUGGUCUAUCAGGAUUUGCUCAACGGCGACGAACUUCUUUCGGACUCCUUCCCCUACAAAGAAAUUGAGAAUGGAGCUCUUUGGGAGGUUGAAGGAAAGUGGGUUACUCAAGGAGCCAUUGAUGUGAACAUUGGUGCAAACCCUUCUGCCGAAGGAGGAGAAGAGGACGAAGGUGUGGAUGACCAAGUAACAAAAGUGGUCGACAUUGUUGACACCUUCAGGCUCCAGGAGCAACCUUCUUUCGACAAGAAGCCAUUCAUUGCAUACAUGAAGAAAUACAUUAAGCUGUUAUCCGAGAAGCUGGAAGGGCCGAAGCAAGAGGAGUUCAAGAAGAGCAUUGAAGGAGCAACCAAGUACUUGCUUGCUAAGAUCAAAGAUCUCCAAUUCUUUGUGGGAGAGAGCAUGCACGACAAUAGUGCCAUGGUGUUUGCUUACUACAAGGAGGGAUCAACAAAUCCGACAUUCUUGUACCUUGCACAUGGUUUGAAGGAAGUCAAGUGUUGAUGGUUGAGGAGAGGAGCAUCCGCAAGAACACAAGAAAUAUAUUUUGCUGAUGAAAAGUGCCCUUCUGAAGCCAUGGAUUCAUAGCUUGUUUAUUUUUGUGUUCUGUUCCUUUUGCUUGGUGUCUUUGUCCUUUUUUUAUUUUUUGGAAGCAUUGUGAUACUUCCUGCUAAAAUUUUGUCUGGAUUUAAUUUUCAACUUUUUAUUUGCCGAAUUGUGCAGUACUCCCAAGGAAAUUUUGUUUGGUGAUUUGAGAAUCAUG